AUGUUGAAGAUUCACAUGGAUGUGACCAAGAAUCCGGGAGUGAACCUUUACCAAGGAAAAGACCAACCAGAUAAAGGUAAAGGUAAAGGUAAAGGUAAAGGUAAAGGUAAAGGUAAACCAAAGGACGAUAAGAAGAAGGCAGCAUGUUAUGUAUGUGGCAAAGAGGACCAUAUGUCUCCAAAAUGCCCAAACAGACUGCUACCAGAGAUUCAAUGGAAGCAUCCGAAACACUAUGUUGAUUAUGGGAAGAAGCUCAAUCUUAAUCAGAUUGGAGCAAUUGUCCCAGCUACAACUGUCCCAGCUACAGCUAAACCGAAGGACAAUAAGAAAAAGGCUGCAUGUUAUGUAUGUGGCAAAGAGGACCAUAUGUCUCCAAAAUGCCCAAACAGACUGCUACCAGAGAGUCAAUGGAAGCAGCCAACACACUAUAUUGAUUACGGGAAGAAGCUCAAUUUAAAUCAGAUUAAUCAGAUUGGAGCAACUGUCCCAGCUACAGCUACAGUUCCUGGAACUUCUCCAGCAACAAGUAAUCAAAUGAUGCAAGUUCCUUUGGGAAUGCAGCUCAUGCAGAUUCCAACUCAAGGUGGCGGCAAUGUUACUGUCACUUAUUCUAUGAAUGCUAACGGUGAGAUUGCGUUCAGUGGAAUGCAACUCAGCCAACAAGGCUUCAGUGGUGCUCAAGUGCGCCAAGGAUUCGAUGCAACUCAAGCUCAAACUCCGCAGGUUGUGAAGACUGGCUAUUAUGAUACGUCAAAUGUCUUUCACAAUGCUAUCAAGGGAAAGGAUGAGAAUGGCAAUGCUGUCUAUCUUAUUCCAUGUCCUAAUGGAACAACUAACGUCAAACUUCAAGCCGACUGGCACUAUGCUAGUAAAAGUGAAGACUUGCCAGAUCUUGCUACUGAAGCAGAUUGA